AUGCCCUCAACACACAAUCGUGACAAACCAUGGGAUACGCCAGAUAUAGACAAAUGGGCUAUUGAGGAGUUUAAAGAAGAGCACAAUGCGUCAGGUCUACAUUUUGCUGAAGAGUCUUCAUUCAUGACCUUAUUUCCAAAAUAUAGAGAACAAUAUCUUCGGAGCAUAUGGAGUGAUGUAACAAAGGCUUUGGACAAGCACCAUAUUAAAUGUGAGUUAGAUUUAGUUGAAGGUUCGAUGACCGUAAAGACCACAACAAAGACCUUUGAUCCUGCCAUAAUUCUAAAAGCUCGUGAUUUAAUCAAGUUAUUAGCUAGGUCAGUACCAUUCCCUCAAGCAGUCAAAGUAUUACAAGACGAUGUUGCAUGCGAUGUUAUCAAGAUUGGAAACUUUGUCAAUAAUAAGGAUAGGUUUAUCAAAAGAAGACAGAGAUUAGUUGGGCCUAACGGUAAUACCUUGAAAGCAUUGGAAUUAUUAACCAAGUGCUAUAUUUUGGUUCAGGGUAAUACUGUUAGUGCCAUGGGACCAUAUAAGGGGUUGAAAGAGGUAAGGAGGGUAGUGGAAGAUUGUAUGAAGAAUAUCCAUCCAAUCUAUUACAUUAAGGAAUUGAUGAUUAAGCAGGAGUUAAGCAAGAACCCCGAGUUGGCAAAUGAAGACUGGUCAAGAUUUUUACCAAAAUUCAAAAAGAAGAAUGUUGCAAGAAAGAAAUUGAGCAAGAAAGAGUUUAAAGAGAAGAAGGUUUAUACACCAUUCCCACCAUCUCAACAGCCACGUAAAAUUGAUUUACAAAUUGAGAGUGGUGAAUAUUUCCUUGGUAAAAAGGAACGGGAGUUGAAGAAGAUUCAAGAGAAACGAAGCAAACAGGAAGAAAAUAGUGAGUUAAAGAGACAAGAAAGAGCUAAACAAUAUGUUGCGCCUGAAGAAGAUAAAUAUGAGAACAAAUUGACAAAGAAGGAGGAGAAGGAGGAGAAGAAGGAGAAGAAGGAGAAGAAGGAGGAGAAGGAGGAGAAGGAGGAGAAGGAGGAGAAGGAGGAGAAGAAGGAGAAGAAGGAGAAGAAGGAGAAGAAGGAGAAGAAGGAGAAGAAGGAGAAGAAGGAGAAGGGAGAGAAGGAGAAGAAGGAGAAGAAGGAGAAGAAGGAAAAGGAUAAAAAAAGAUCACUAACUAACGAAGAUGAAGAAGCGCAAGUGUCACGUGAUCGAAAGAAAUCUAGAAUGUAG